ACUAUUUCAGGUUUCUCUUUUCUGUUUCACUGUUUGUUUCCCGGGAAACCGUGUUUAUUCCCGUCAUUCCUGAUCUAUUUUUUUGUGUUUCUUUGUUCUUCUCGUUCUUUUGCUGUUAAGCCUGUUACAGUUUUUUGAUUCUCUUGACCUCCUGCACAUCGUUACAUUAAGCAUAAUGGAACGCUUUCAAAACGACAAUCUUCAAUACGUUGUCAAUGACUACCAUGAUGUCAAUUAUUUCAAUAACGACGGUACCUUCGUUGAACCUGAGCCUCAGAUAGACACCGCUGAAUUUGAUUCACUUGACUCCGACUUUGAAGACGAUUUUGAAUCAAGUAAGCCGAAAACUGAUACAUCAGCUGAGGAAGCUAGAAAUGGAAAAGAUAUACAAGGAAUUCCGUGGGAGAGGCAUAGUUUCACUAGAGAUAAAUACCGCGAGACGAGAGUAAGAGAGUACAAGAACUAUGAGAAUCUCUCCGGUUCUCGUGAAGGGAUGGAAAAGGAGUGCUUGCAAGUAGAGAAAGGAAAGACCUUUUAUGACUUUCAGUUUAACACAAGGCUCGUCAAAUCGACCAUUGUUCACUUUCAGCUUAGAAAUCUAUUAUGGGCCACAUCAAAGCACGAUGUAUACCUCAUGGAAAAUUACUCAGUAAUGCAUUGGUCACCCUUGCUUCGCAGGGGCGAAGAAGUACUGAAUGUGGCUAAGCUAAUUGUUCCCAGCCUGAAACAUUCUGGAUUGCUAUCUCAGCAACUCUCUAGAGUUCAGGUUAGCACUAUGACAGUUAAAGAGAAUUUCAUGGUGGCUGGUGGUUUUCAGGGGGAACUUAUUUGCAAGUACUUAAACCAACAGGGGGUGGCAUUUUGCACAAAAUUAACUACUGAUGAAAAUGCAAUUACCAAUGCAGUGGAUGUGUACCGAAAUCCUAGUGGUGCAAUGAGAGUUAUGGCUGCAAACAAUGACGCCCAAAUCAGAAUUUUUGAUGCUGAAACUUUUGCAAGCGUUAACCGCUACUCAUUUGACUGGUCUGUAAAUAAUACCUCUGCAAGUCCAGACGGAAAGUUGCUUGCGGUCCUUGGGGAUAGUGUGGAGUGCCUGAUUGUUGAUGCUCAAUCUGGCAAAGUCACCAGCAGCCUAAAAGGUCAUUUGGACUAUUCUUUUGCUUCAGCUUGGCACCCUGAUGGGCACAUUCUGGCAACUGGGAAUCAGGACACUAGCUGUAGACUGUGGGACAUAAGAAACCUCUCAAAGUGCUUUGCUGUAUUGAAGGGAAGGAUGGGAGCAAUAAGAGGUGUAAAGUUCACAUCGGACGGUCGGUUUCUGGCCAUGACAGAGCCAGCAGAUUUCGUUCAUGUUUUCGAUACGAAGUCCGGGUAUGUUAAUUGCCAAGAAAUUGAUAUUUUUGGUGAGAUAGCUGGAAUAUCAUUCAGCCCAGAUACAGAAGCUCUCUUCGUUGGGGUAGCUGAUCGCACUUAUGGCAGCUUGUUAGAGUUUAAACGUAGGCGAUGUAACCACUAUCUAGAUUCCAUGUUGUAAA